AUGCUGGAAUCGCUGCGCGUUGGCUCGGACCGAGCCAAGCGGGCCAGGAUUCAGCAGCUGCGCCGGGAGCUCAACGACAUCCGGUUUAAGUCCAGGGAGUCGGUGGAGGACUUCACCCUUCGUCUCCAGUCUCUAGCCACUCAGCUGGCCACCUACGGCAAGAAGGUGGACAACGAGGACCUCGUCACCAAGCUACUAUGCGUCGUACCGGCAAAAUACUCGCAGCUCACCAUGUCCAGCGAGACGAUGCUGGACAUCUCCACGCUGUCUAUGGAGGACGUGGUCGGGCGACUGCGGGUGGCAGAGAGCCGUAGCACACCGGCGCCGGAGAAGGAGAAGCCCAAGCUCUUGCUGACCGAGGAAGAAUGGUCAGCACGCAUGAAGGAGAAGCGGCGAUAUGGGGAAGGCUCUAGCCGCGGUGGCGGCGAUUGCGGCGGCAGCAAGCAGCAGAACAAGAGGCCGGCGGACAAGAAGAAGGGGAAGAAGAAGUUCUCCGACCCAAACGCCUGCCGCAAGUGCGGCAAGGUCGGGCACUGGGCACGGGAGUGCCCGGAACGCAAGAAGAAGAAGGAAGAGGCGCACCUGGCUCAGGACGACAGCGACGUCGAGCACGCUCCCUUGAUGGGAGUAUACUGCGCAGGACCGUGUGGUGAAGCAGAGCAGGAGGAGGUGGAGCAGAGCAAUGCCCGCCGGUCAUCCACCAGCUCGAGGAGCCGCGCGUGCAGGGGCAGGUCCAUCUGGGGUCGUCGGAGGAGAGUCGGAGCAGAGGUGGUACCUGGACUCUGGCGCCAGCAACCACAUGACUGGGCAUCGAGCCGCCUUCUCCGAGCUGGACGAAAGGCACACUGGGAGUGUCAAGUUCGGCGACGGCUCGCGGGUAUAGAUCCGUGGGCGUGGCACGGUGCUGUUCCGGUGUAA